AUGGAGAAGGCAUACGACAAAAUUGAAUGGGGGUUCCUUAAGCGAGUUCUGCAGCGGUUCGGCUUCGGUACUCCAUGGAUCAAAAUGGUUAAAAAAUGUUGGAACAAUAUUUGGUUCAUAGUCUUAAUUAAUGGGGAGGGGGCAGGUUUCUUCAAAUCACCCAGAGGCCUUCGCCAAGGGGAUCCCAUAUCCCCAAGCCUCUUCAUCUUAGCCACGGAGGUCCUCUGCCGAGGAUUUGCUAAAUUGGUUUCUAGCGGAUGUUGUACCCCCUUCAAGCUUAAGCAGGGCUGCAAGCAGGUCACUCGCCUUCUUUAUGCGGACGACACAGAUGGUAAGAACAAGUUGCGUUGGUUAAACUGGAAGAAAAUCGCUUUGCUAAAACAGGAGGGCAGGAUGGGAAUUCGAAGGCUCAAUGAGGUUUUAAAAGCUCUCAGGCUAAAGAUGGCAUGA